CCCCACAAUAAUAGUCAUUUCGUAAUCGUGUGAAAAUAUAAAAAUCAUUCUUUCAAAGCCUACAAAAUCUCAAAAAGUUGACUGUACUGUUUUACAAUAAGGUGUACCAUACAAUUAUUUGGAUAUGUCCUCCUAUGUUUACACAAUAAGGAGAUGUCACUCUCCUCAUUGGCUCAUUCUCUCUGUAGAGAAUUGUUAAUUACUGGUUCAACGAACAUAAAUAUUUCAAUCAUUACAAUUAAAUAACGAAUUUUACUACCCAUUUUACCCUUGCCGGGAUGAUUACUUGGCACGAUCUGUACGUGGUCUUGACGGCGGUGAUUCCUAUGUAUGCGGCGAUGAUCUUAGCUUACGGCUCCGUCCGGUGGUGGAAAAUCUUCACUGCCGACCAGUGCGCCGGCAUAAACCGCUUCGUCGCCGUUUUCGCCGUCCCCCUCCUCUCCUUCCACUUCAUCUCUGAAAACGACCCUUACUCCAUGAACUUCCGUUUCAUCGCCGGCGACACCCUGCAAAAACUCGUCGUCCUGCUCGUUCUCUCCGGCUGGGCUGCUUUGACCGGAAACGGCUCCCUCGACUGGAGCAUAACGAUUUUCUCUCUCUCCUCGCUUCCGAACACUCUGGUUAUGGGGAUCCCGCUGUUGACCGCCAUGUACGGCGGCGAGUACUCCUCGGGAAGCCUGAUGGUACAAGUGGUGGUGCUGCAGUGCAUUAUUUGGUACACUCUGUUGCUGUUCCUGUUCGAGUACCGCGCCGCGAAGGUGCUGAUAAUGGAGCAGUUCCCGGAAACCGCCGCGUCUAUCGUUUCGUUCAAGGUGGAAUCCGACGUCGUUUCGCUCGAUGUUGGCCUGGAUUCCCUGGAGACCGACGCGGAGGUCGGAAGUGACGGAAUGCUUCGCGUGAGAGUGAGGAGACGGUCGAUCUCUGUGACUACGACUCCCCGUCCGUCGAAUCUCACCGGCGUUGAGAUUUACAGUUUAGAUACAUCCAGGAACCCGACCCCGAGAGGAUCCGAUUUCAACCCUAAUGAUUUGUACUCGAUGAUGGGGUUUCCGGGUCGGUUAUCCAAUUUCGGGCCCGCAGAUAUUUACUCUGUGCAAUCCUCCAGAGGCCCGACUCCCCGGCAGUCGGAUUUCGAGGAAAACUGCGCUCCCGCCGGGACUAAUGUCAUCAAUUCAUCCUCCAUGACCGGGCUUUAUACGGGUCGAUCCGGCGCCUACCCUGCCCCGAACCCGGAAAUUACUUCUUUAGCUCCGAAAAGCUCGAAAAAAGAAGCAGAGCAUCAGCUUUUGUCUCAAUCGAAAUCAUUGCCUGUGCAGAGUAAAAACAGCUAUGACGCAAAGGAACUUCACAUGUUCAUCUGGAGUUCGAGUACGUCGCCGGCGUCGGCAGCCGGCGGCGUACACGUUUUUGGCGGGUCUGAUUUCGGGGCUGAUGAGAGCUCCGGCAGGUCGGAUGGCGUCAAGGAAAUCAGGAUGUUGGUCUCUGAUCGUCUUCCUCGAAACUGGGAAACAAAACCCAUAAUUCAUAGUGACGACGGCUUUGACAUGGAAGGCUGCAGCUUCUACCCCUUAGGUGAGGCAAAAGAAGGGCACGAGGAGAAAUCUGAAAAGGAAGUACAACUCCCCACCAAAAUGGGGUCCGCCUCCCCUGCUCAACCGCCAGACUCCGGCGGCAGAAAACCGAUGCCGCCGGCGAGCGUCAUGACGCGGCUGAUAUUAAUCAUGGUUUGGCGAAAGCUGAUCCGGAACCCUAACACAUACUCCAGCCUCAUUGGUCUGAUUUGGUCCCUUAUUUCGUACCGGUGGCAUGUCCACAUGCCCAAAAUCAUAGACAAGUCCAUAUCCAUCCUUUCUGAUGCUGGCCUUGGUAUGGCCAUGUUUAGCUUAGUUGUGCUGAUGUGGAAGUGCAAAUGGUAGAAAGUGUCUCACGGUCUGUCUCAGUUCAGCAAGCCCAUCAAACAUGCUGACUCAGCAAAAAUUAAUGUUUUAACGAAACUUUUUGGCGGUAAUACAAGGCGGUAAUCGAAAACCAUCCACCAAAACAAAAAAUCCACCGCUGAAAAAAGGCAAAGGUAUUCUCAUCUUAUAAGAACGAAGCACAGGAGGCCAAGUCGAAGCUAGGUUUUCUCCGCUGGUUUUUUCAGAACACGAAGCAUCCAGAUGGAGCCGACAUCACAUCCCUCCUUUGUGGACCAUGAACAUCUCCAGAAAGAUAGUGAAGUAACUGAUCUUACUUCUCUUUACGGUAGUGCUUCACAAAUCAACUCACAGUCAUCCAUGCCUGCAUUGAACCAAUACGGUCUAGCAAACAUGCCUUUUAGUCCUAACUUUAUGAUGAAUCCAUCGUUUGCUCCUCGUGCUCACUCACCUUUGGGAUAUGGGUUCUCUUUUCAAGACCUUUUACACUCCCCUAAUAUUCCAUUCGAGAGUCCUGUUACUAAAACAAGCAGAGAACCAGAUAAAAGUAACAAGAGCAAACAAAAUGCGCGUAUCUCUAAUACAGGCGGAGGCUCCAAAAAUUGGAGCAAAGACGAAGAUGUAGCACUAACACAGGCGUGGCUAUACAUUUCCGUUGAUGCCGAUGUUGGUAACAAUCAAAAAGUUGCUAAUAUGUGGAACCGUAUAUCCCAAAUUUGGAGGGAGAAAAUGGGAACUUAUGACGAGUCGCGCACGACAAAUAGCUUACAAUGUCGUUGGAACAAGAUCGUAGCCGCAGUUAACAAAUUUCAUGCUUUAUAUGAACGACUACAAAGGCAACCAAAAAGUGGAGCAAGCCAAGAAGAUAUGAGGCGAGAGGCAAUGCGCAUGUACGAGGAUAUUAAUGAAGGUCAAUCUUUCAAACAUGAGCAUUGUUGGGAGAUCAUGAAAACAAAUUCAAAGUGGUGCACGAAGGAGGUUAAUAGGACCAAAGAUUUGUCCAAGCAAAAAACUGCCAAUGCUAGUGGUCAUACCCAAGAAUCAAUUCCACCAAUGAACUCAGGUAAUGAAGACCAAAACUGUAUCGAUCUUGAUGUUACUAGUGAUGGUAAGCGCAGUGAUAUUGAGCGUCCUCAAGGACGAAAAGCUACAAAAGAAAAAAAAAGGAGGCUGAAUGAUGAAAAAAAUGUCGUUGACGCUUUGAAUAAGAUACACACUGUCUUGGAUAAACAAGUUUCUGUUAAUGAGGAAGAGGUCAAGAUGAAGAAGGAGAAAGACUUAAAGGACUUUGAAUUGCGAGAAAAGGUAAUGCAAAAAGAGUUGGAAUUUAAGGAAAGAGCUGAAAAGAGAAAGGAACUGCAGUAUAUUUUGAACCAAGAUGUCAACAAACUUCCCUUUAGCAUGAGAGAGAGAUUUGAGAUGUACCAAUCUCAAAUUUUUAAGGAAUGGGAAAACAAUGGACGAUUUGGUGUGAAUAACAGUUAAUGAAGUUCAGCUGUUGAUGAAGACAAGUAUUAUAAUUUAGUUGAAUACUGUGAAGGCUAUUGAUUUAUUGUUUAUGGUUUUUUGUUUCAUUUUCUAUUCUUGAACGUCCUUUUAUUUUUUAGAAGUACUUUUGUUUAUGGAAUAUUAGAGAAAAGAUCCAGUUUCUGUUAAGUCUCAUGCAGCCUUUUGAAAAGAUUGUUGCUUUCUUUUAAAGUCCAUUACUCUGCUUUCUAUUAAAAUUGAUUACGGCUU